AUGGCGGUUGCUUCAAGCUAUACGGAUUCCCAACUUGCAUCGGCAGAAGACACGUUAGAGCCGUUCACCUUUGAAGGACAACAAGAUACAGCGACGUUUGGUCUUGGAUGGAGUGCACCCUUCCCUUCGGCACUCAAAGUCAAGACCAGAACAAAAGAUCUCACGGCGAGUGUUGAAGCAAUGCGCGGCUUUGCUCGGUCCGGCGAACUACAUCGUGUUAUAAAGCACCAUGGCGGCGCAGUCCUGAUCAGGGGCUUGCCGCUUCAAACACCAGACGAUUACAGCAAGGUCGCCCAUGCCUUUGGCUUUCGUCCACAUGUCGAAGUCGGUCGACCGCCGCUACGCACUGUGUUGGCUCCAAACGUCAAGACGGCGAACGAAGGACCGCCCGAAUUGCCCAUCUGGCCACACAAUGAAUACGGCUGGUCGACCAUCAAUCCGGCCUGGCUCACGUUCAGUGCGCUCAAAAUUCCGGAAGAAGGCGGCGCAACUCCGAUAACAUCGUCAAUAUACAUUGCGGACCAGUUGUCCAAACUGGCACCAAAAUUUCUCUCCGAUCUUAGGGCCAAGGGCGCCAAAUACACUUAUAGAUACACUGUCAAUCCCUUGGUAUCGAAUACGGGAACCAGCGUGCGCGGUGCCUACGGACAGCACGUCACAGAUGAUGACGAUGAAGAGACUGCCAGAAAGAAAAUAGAAGCCGAAGUUCGACGGCACAGCGACCGAUUCGAGUGGCAUCCGGACGGCAGUUUGAGCGUAACCCACGUUGUGCCAGCAAUACGAAUACAUAAGCCCACUGAAGCUACGGUGUUCUUCGGAAACCUGACAUCGGCAUGGGGUCGCAGCCGACAUCAUGGAGCCACCCGGUCACCGUUCAGGGGAGAUGACGGUUCAUACCACCCGCCACCACAGUUCGGCGAUGGAACAGCUAUGGAUGUUGAGGACCUAGAUCUGUUACUGGAUCUUGCUGAGAAAGGUGCGGUUGAUAUACACUGGGAACAGGGCGACUUGGUUCUGCUUGAUAACUAUGCCGUUCAGCACUCCCGAAAGCCUUGGAAAGGCACUCGACAAGUUCUCGCAGCCCUGUGGGAUGAUGAUGAUGCAAGAGUUGACGAUUUCCCCGAGGGCUUGAAGUUGCUAGAUGGGUCUCCUCGAGUGCCGAUUACUGUAUCUGACUAG